CAUGCCGAACCGUAUGCGAGCGAAUGCCAUGGUGUGGAUGUACUUCACCAACGAUGUGGAAGCGAAGAAAGGAAAAUGCCUGUACUGCGGACAAAUAAUUAGCUACGAAAAAUCAACCUUCUCCAAUCUGUCUCGUCACCUCCGGAGGUUUCACGCGAAUGUGAUGAAAAAUGAGGAGAAAAGUAUUAAAGCGAUGCAACAGCAAGAACAUUACGUGUGGAACCAUUUUCAGAAAGAAUCGGGUGGCAAAGCUAAAUGUACUUACUGCCAAACACAGCUGAGCUGCCCGAACAAUGUUGUCAGCAAUUUGAUACGGCACAUGAAGGCGAAACAUCCGCUGAUACAGUUGGAUAAUCAUCAGCUAGAGUACAUUCACCCGGACGGGAACCGAACGUUUCUCCCACCACAGUCAAUGGACGAUGAGAUUAAGGAAACGUUCAAAGCGUCUGCUUCGUUGCAAGAAUCGGAAGAGCUUGAUAUGGAAUCGAGUCUCAAUGGUAUCGAAUUGAUAGCACAUGAUGAAGGGUCGGAUUCGGUGAAAAUUGAAUACGAACUUUCCGAUCCUGACGGUACACUACUGGAGGAUGACCAAGAAGUGAUUGAAGAGUUUGUUCAUGAUUCAGAUUCAUAUCAGAAUGUUGAUAUUGAAAGUAUUGAAACGAAUAGCCAGAUACUGGAAGGUUCGUACACCGAGCCAAAUCAAGAAACAGAUCAAGCACCACAGGAAACUCCAAUCGAUACUAGCCACCAUGACACGAGGACACAAAGCCAACUAAUGCCCAGCAGCGGGAAUGUUUCGCAAAACUGUCUUUACGGAGUUCAAAACAUUGACGUUAAAACGGCAGCAUAUGCGACAAGCAUCGCACUCGAGCUCGACAGUGUUCAGGCCCGGCAGAGAAUCAUAGCAGAAAAGCUGAUAGCGGAUGUACUGUUUAAUGCUAAGCUAGAUAAUUUGACCGAACACUCGAUGAUUCUGGCGAAAGUUUACCAUGCUUCAGGGAACUUGUAG